GACGCAAAGCCAAGCAAAAUAUUUUGGCUGGCGAUGGCGGACCGAUUCGUCGCGGCGCAUCCCUGGCACGACCUCGAAAUCGGUUCUGGAGCUCCCUCGGUUUUUAACUGCGUCGUGGAAAUCGCCAAAGGCAGCAAAGUCAAGUAUGAGCUCGACAAGCAAAGUGGAUUGAUCAAGGUUGAUCGAGUCCUUUAUUCCUCGGUGGUUUAUCCACACAACUAUGGAUUUGUUCCACGCACGCUGUGUGAAGACAAUGACCCGCUUGACGUUCUUGUGAUCAUGCAAGAGCCUGUUCUUCCAGGAGCGUUUCUCCGAGCCAAAGCCAUCGGGCUCAUGCCGAUGAUCGAUCAGGGGGAGAAGGACGAUAAGAUCAUAGCAGUGUGCGCUGAUGAUCCAGAGUACAAGCAUUGCACGGACAUCAAGCAGCUCCCGCCUCACAGGCUAGCGGAGAUUCGCAGGUUCUUCGAGGAUUACAAGAAGAACGAGAAUAAGCAAGUAGAGGUGGAAGACUUCCUUCCCGCAGAGAAAGCCAUAGAAGCUGUGCGCAACUCAAUGGAUUUGUACGCGGCCUACGUCGUGGAGACCCUUCGCCAGUAGGAAGCCAUGGAAGCUUCGCACAGGCCACACACUUCAUUAUAAUUGUUUAUCUUUGCGUUAAUCAAACAAAGUUAUUCCAGCUCUAAAACCA